AUGCCUGCAGCCACGGGCUCACAGUCGCCCUCCCUCGACUCGAUCCUGCAUAUCCUCCAACAGUCUCUCAGCCAUAACGACACGUCUCAAGCGCAGUCACAGUUGCAAAAAGCGAAGCUCGCCCUCCUCCAACAGAAUGCCCUCAUACCCUCUCCUCAAGCACCUCCACAGACACUGGCAACUGCUCGUUCAAUACUGGAGGCCGGCGCUCUCCUCUCCAUUCGAUCAAGAGACCCUAAGUCUUUCGUGAGAUACUACUCCCAGCUACAACCCUUCUACGAUUUUCCCGGUCUCCAGCAGACGCCUUCGAGAGAUCGGUCGAAGAUCACGGGACUCUAUCUGCUCCUGUUACUCAGCCAGGGUGAUUACGCGGGCUUCCACACCCUCUUGGAGUCUCUGAUCGUCGCGGAAGGGGCGAACGGGUCGUCGAGCGUGGAGGCUGAUCCCUUCAUCAAAUACCCCAUGGAGUUGGAGAGAAGUCUCAUGGAAGGUAGCUAUGACCAGGUUUGGCGGAAGACAAAUGGGCGAGACGUGCCCGGUGAAGAGUUUGGACUGUUUUCCGACAUCCUCAUCAACACCAUCCGUGUCGAAAUCGCCUCCUGCGCCGCCCGAUCCUAUCCAUCUCUUCCUAUUGCAUCGGCCAAGAAUCUUCUCUUCUUAGAGUCUGAAGGUGCGGUGGUGGAAUUUGCGCAGGAGCAGGGCUGGAGUCUGGAAGAAGGGAGGAUAUAUUUCCCCGGACUGGAGGCGGCGAAGAAGGCGGAGGAAGGAGACGAGAAGGAGGUGAUCAGUCACAUGGUUGAGUACGCAAGAGAAUUGGAAAGCAUCGUUUGA